GGUAAAACGGAUUUAUGCGUCAAUAAGUAGUAUAUGCAAACGUCACUAUGUUUUACUUUCUAAUUGCCUGCCGGUACCAGUACAACGAAACUAGCUAAAGCUGGAAACUACUUUGUUUUCUAUUCUAUAAAAGCUUGCGAUCUGAAUUCCAAAGGGAAGGUACAAAUUUUCCCGGUCUUUAAAUCACUCGUAUAUCAAUUACUACUCAAAACAACUUGUCGUUUGAAAAUCGAAGUGGUGCGCGCUUCUUCCGAACCCCUAAAGAGCCAAGAUGUUGCAGAACAAAGCCUUCGCCAAGAAAACAAGGCAUGGCAGAGUAAUGAAGAUUGUGAGAGAACAUUACUUAAGAGAUGAUAUCUAUUGUGGAGCUUCGUUCUGCAACGUAUGCGACACUUCUUCAGCUUGUCUGAGCAUCUCGGCGUCACCAAUUCUGAUUGUUGACACUAACGUUGUUCUCCACCAGAUUGAUUUACUAGAGAAUGCGGCAAUUUCUGGUGUGGUGGUUCUAUCGGUGGUAUUGGACGAGGUGAAGAACAAGAAUCUUGCAGUUUAUAAUAGGCUUCGGACACUGUGUGGGAAUCCUGCGAAAAAGUUUUUUGUUUUCUCUAAUGAACACCACAAGGAUACUUAUGUGAAAGCAAUGGUAGGGGAAAGCCCAAAUGAUCGCAAUGAUAGAGCGAUUCGUGUGGCCAUUCAAUGGUAUCAAAGUCAUUUUGGUGACUGUACACGAGUCUUACUUCUAACCAAUGAUCGGGAAAAUAAGAGAAAGGCAGCAGAAGAGGGUAUCUUUGUUGAAACAGUUGAAGCAUAUGUAAAAUCACUAGGUCAACCAGAUUUACUUGAUCUGGUUGUUCAGUCCACCUCUGAAGAUGUGGAUAUGGGUGAAGUUGAAGAUGUGAGGCCAUCUAAGAGGAAAUUUAUUUAUAAUGAGCAUAAGCCAAUGUCGGAAAUUACGUCAGGUCUAAAUCGUGGGAUUUAUCAUCAAGGAAAACUUCGAGUCAAUCGUUACAAUCCAUUUGAAGCAUAUGUUGGAAGUGAGAGCAUUGGUGAUGAGAUUAUAAUUUAUGGUCGGAUUAACAUGAAUAGGGCUUUUGAUGGGGACAUCGUUGCUGCGGAGCUACUCCCACAAGACCAGUGGCAUGAAGGAAAGAAUAUAAGUAUAGCAGAGGAUGAGGAUGAGGAGGAAGAAGAUGUUCAUUUGGUUCCUAGUAGUGCUGAUGAUGCUCCACGUAAUGCAAAUCCUGACGAGGCUAGUGCUGAAGUUGUGAAUCCUGUUUCCCGUCGCCCUUCAGGGCGUGUUAUCGGUAUCAUCAAACGCAAUUGGCAUGCUUACUGUGGGAGUUUGGAUCCAAUGCCCAUGCCUGCAGGCAAUGCUGGCAUUGCCCAUGCUUUAUUUGUUUCAAAGGAUCGCAGGAUUCCUAAAAUUCGGAUCCAAACUCGACAACUUGGUAAUCUUUUAGACAAAAGAAUCAUUGUUUCUGUUGAUUCAUGGGAUCGCACAUCUCGUUAUCCUUCUGGUCACUAUGUAAGGACUAUUGGGGACAUUGGCGACCGUGACACUGAAAGUGAGGUGGUGUUGAUUGAGAAUGACAUUAAUAAUCGGCCAUUCUCUACCCAAGUAUUGUCUUGCUUGCCACCAUUGCCAUGGACAUUGUCUUCUGAAGAUCUGGAAAAUCCAAAUAGAGAUGAUUUGCGGCAUGUGCGAGUUUUUAGUGUUGACCCGCCAGGGUGUAAGGAUAUUGAUGAUGCAUUGCACUGCACUGCUCUUCCAAAUGGAAAUUUCGAAGUAGGAGUGCAUAUUGCUGAUGUUACCAAUUUUGUCCAUCCUGGAACCCCACUAGAUGAAGAAGCCUCUGAAAGGGGCACUUCUGUUUAUCUUGUUGAACGUAGAAUUGACAUGCUUCCAAAGCCUCUGACAGAAGAUAUCUGCUCUCUUCGGUCUGAUGUUGAAAGGCUGGCCUUUUCUGUUAUAUGGGAAUUGACACCUGAAGCUGAAAUCAUUUCUGUAAGAUAUACCAAAAGUGUUAUCAAGUCUUGUGCUGCAUUGUCCUACGUAGAAGCACAAGCUAGAAUGGAUGAUAGUCGCCUGAUUGAUCCUCUGACUGUUGAUCUUCGUAAUCUUAAUUCAUUGGCUAAGAUUAUGAGAAGUAGACGUAUUGAGAGGGGUGCUUUGACCCUUGCUUCUGCAGAGGUUAAAUUUCAGAUUGAUACAGAAACACACGAUCCUCUUGAUAUUGGAAUAUAUCAAAUUCGGGAGGCUAAUCAAAUGAUUGAGGAGUUCAUGCUUGCUGCAAAUGUUUCCGUUGCUGAAAAAAUAUUAAAACAUUUCCCACUGUGCUCACUGCUAAGGCGCCAUCCUAGUCCAACUGCUGAGAUGCUUGAACCAUUGUUACGGAUAACAGCUUCAGUGGGCUUGAAUCUGGAUAUCUCGUCUUCGAAGGCGCUAGCAGAUUCACUUGAUAGGGCUCAGAGUGACGAUCCAUACUUCAACAAGCUGGUACGAAUCUUAACAACCAGAUGCAUGACCCAGGCUGUUUAUUUCUGCAGCGGGGACCUAACUCCUUCAGAAUUUAAUCACUAUGGACUGGCGGCACCACUAUAUACGCACUUCACAUCUCCUAUCCGUCGGUAUGCUGAUGUAAUUGUCCAUAGAUUGCUUGCAGCAGCUCUAGGAAUCAUAAAGCUGCCACCAGUUUUCCAAGACAAGGCCCAGCUUACUAGUAUUGCUGACAAUCUGAAUUACCGUCAUCGAAAUGCACAAAUGGCUGGUAGGGCUUCUGUGGAGCUCCACACACACAUUUAUUUCAGGAAACGGCCCACCAAUGAAGAAGCCAGGAUUGUGAAGAUAAGAUCCAAUGGCUUCAUCGUCUUUGUCCCCAAGUAUGGCAUAGAGGGUCCUGUGUACUUGUUGCGAAGGGAGGAGAAGAAAGGGGGGCAAGAGGAAUGGGUUGUUGAUGAGGUGAAUCAGAAGGUAACAAAGCGAGACACAAGCGUGAGUUACAAAGUGUUGGAAACAGUGAGGAUCCAUAUUGAAGUUGUGGAGCGCCAGGCAAACAGGCCCAAGCUUGAGCUCACCCUCCUAGACCUCUAGUCUUUUUGCGGUUUUUUUUUAAAAAAUUUGUCUGCUGUAGAAUAUUUAUUUUGAGCUUUAAUGUUUUCGUCUUUCUUCUGUGUUCAUUUAUUUUGGUGGCCUUAUAUUUUGGUUAUAUUGUGAUUAUGCACGUGAUGAAGGGACCCCUGGCCCUAUGACCUCCCUUUCUGUAAAA